CUUUGUUGCUAUAAAACGACCUCAAAAUCCCUCUCUCUCUUCUUGAGCUUUCACUUCUUCACUUCCCCCUUUGACCAUCUCCCUCACCUUCUUCCUUCUCUCUCCCACUCUUUCAUUCGGGUUUCCCAGCCCAAACCCACCAACCCAACCCGACCCUACCCGAAUAUCAUAGUAUCAAACAAAUCACCCCAUUUUCCCACAUUGUGGGUAAAUCGAGGUCACACACAAAUUGAGAGACUAAAUUUGACCAAACCAAUUACCCUUUUUCAUACUACUACUACCAAAACCAAAGUAGUGAGUUUAUAAAACAAUCUUUUCUUACACAAAAAAAAUAAAAAUAAAUGUGUUUAAAAGAAAGAUUCCUCUUCAUUUAGUUCUACUUAUACUUGUCCUUCAUUCCAGAUCUCAUUAAUGGCGCUUAACUAAGCGCAACGGUCACAUAACAUUAAUCAGCUCGUAUAUUUCUUAUUGAUCAAACCCUUGAGAAACCAGAUAAAUCGAUAAGUGAAGUAUUGUCAUCAAUGACGCAGUCUACGGCCGAUGGAAAAGCCGUGGCCGAGGCCGAGAAGAAGAAGGAUCAAACACUACCAUUCUAUCAGCUGUUUACAUUUGCUGAUAAGUAUGAUUAUCUUUUAAUGAGUAUUGGGAGUUUAGGUGCUGUUAUUCAUGGCUCUUCUAUGCCUGUUUUUUUCUUACUCUUUGGUGAGAUGGUUAAUGGGUUUGGUAAAAAUCAGCUUAAUCUUCAAACUAUGACUCAUGAAGUGUCCAAGUAUGCUUUGUAUUUCGUCUACCUUGGCCUCAUUGUAUGUGCCUCGUCCUACGCAGAAAUUGCUUGUUGGAUGUACUCUGGAGAAAGGCAAGCAGGAACAUUGAGAAAGAAAUAUUUAGAGGCUGUUUUAAAGCAGGAUGUGGGGUUUUUUGAUACCGAUGCUAGAACUGGUGAUAUUGUCUUCAGUGUUUCUACUGAUACACUUCUCGUCCAAGAUGCCAUUAGCGAGAAGGUGGGAAAUUUCAUACAUUAUCUAUCAACAUUUUUGGCGGGAUUGGUGGUUGGGUUUGUAUCAGCAUGGAAGUUAGCAUUGCUGAGUGUUGCAGUUAUUCCUGGAAUUGCAUUUGCAGGAGGUCUUUACGCAUACACUCUCACUGGACUCACGUCUAAGAGUCGUCAGUCAUAUGCCAAUGCUGGUAUUAUUGCUGAACAGGCCAUUGCGCAAGUUCGAACUGUGUAUUCAUAUGUUGGGGAGACUAAGGCACUUGAUUCAUAUUCCGAUGCCAUUCAAAAUACUCUUAAACUUGGGUACAAGGCUGGGAUGGCAAAGGGUUUGGGUCUUGGAUGUACUUAUGGUAUUGCUUGCAUGUCAUGGGCCCUUGUUUUCUGGUAUGCUGGUGUUUUCAUCAGGAAUGGGCAGACUGAUGGAGGAAAAGCUUUCACUGCCAUUUUCUCUGCCAUUGUUGGUGGCAUGAGCUUAGGUCAGUCAUUCUCAAACCUUGGGGCCUUUAGCAAAGGAAAAGCAGCAGGAUACAAGUUGAUGGAGAUAAUCAAACAAAAGCCGACAAUUGUCCAAGAUCAGGCCGAUGGGAAGUGUUUGGAAGAAGUUAGUGGAAAUAUAGAGUUCAAAAAUGUAUCAUUCAGCUAUCCUUCUCGUCCUGAUGUGAUGAUAUUUCGAGAUUUUUCAAUUUUCUUUCCUGCGGGAAAGACUGUUGCAGUGGUUGGUGGCAGUGGUUCAGGGAAGAGUACAGUUGUUUCCUUGAUUGAGAGGUUCUAUGACCCUAAUGACGGUCAGGUUUUGCUGGACAACAAUGACAUUAGGACAUUGCAGUUAACAUGGUUGCGUGGUCAAAUUGGUCUGGUCAACCAAGAGCCGGCGCUCUUUGCCACCACCAUUCUUGAGAAUAUUCUCUAUGGAAAACCUGAUGCUACAAUGGCUGAGGUUGAAGCUGCUACCAAUUCUGCCAAUGCUCAUAGCUUCAUCACCUUGCUUCCAAAUGGAUACAACACCCAUGUGGGUGAAAGGGGUGUUCAGCUUUCAGGUGGUCAGAAACAGAGAAUAGCAAUUGCUAGAGCAAUGUUGAAGAACCCGAAAAUUCUCCUCCUAGACGAAGCCACAAGUGCACUUGAUGCUAGCUCUGAGAGCAUAGUCCAAGAAGCACUUGACAGAUUGAUGGUGGGAAGAACAACAGUAGUUGUGGCCCAUCGGCUUUCUACCAUCAGAAACGUUGACACAAUUGCUGUAAUUCAGCAAGGACAAGUUGUCGAGACAGGAACUCAUGAGGAACUGAUAGCUAAAGCAGGUGCCUAUGCAUCAUUGAUCCGGUUCCAAGAAAUGGUUGGAAAUAAGGACUUCUCAAACCCCUCAACACGCCGUACUCGCUCAUCAAGAUUGAGCUGUUCUCUUUCCACAAAAUCCCUGAGCCUUCGUUCAGGAAGCUUGAGAAACUUAAGCUACUCAUACAGUACAGGUCUUGAUGGCCGGAUUGAGAUGGUUUCUAAUGCCGAGUCAGAGAGGAAGAAUCCUGCACCUCGAGGGUAUUUCUUUAGGCUUCUUAAACUUAAUGCCCCUGAAUGGCCUUACUCAAUCAUGGGUGCCGUAGGAUCAAUAUUGUCUGGUUUUAUUGGUCCAACUUUUGCUAUUGUGAUGAGUAAUAUGAUCGAGGUUUUCUACUACUCGAAUUAUGCUUCUAUGGAGAAGAAGACUAAGGAAUAUGUCUUCAUCUACAUUGGGGCAGGACUUUAUGCUGUCGUUGCAUACUUAAUCCAACAUUACUUCUUUAGCAUCAUGGGUGAAAAUCUCACAACAAGAGUUCGUAGGAUGAUGCUUGCAGCAAUCAUGAGGAAUGAAGUCGGAUGGUUCGACGAGGAAGAGCAUAACUCUAGCCUCCUAGCAGCUCGCUUGGCAACUGAUGCAGCUGAUGUAAAAUCCGCUAUUGCUGAGAGGAUUUCGGUUAUACUGCAAAAUAUGACCUCACUUCUCACAUCGUUCAUCGUUGCUUUUAUUGUGGAAUGGAGAGUUUCACUUCUCAUAUUGGGAACAUUCCCACUUCUGGUCCUUGCUAACUUUGCUCAGCAACUAUCACUGAAAGGAUUCGCUGGAGACACAGCCAAAGCACAUGCAAAAACGAGCAUGAUUGCAGGUGAAGGGGUGAGCCACAUUAGAACAGUAGCUGCAUUCAAUGCUCAGGAGAAGGUCCUAUCCCUUUUCUGCCAUGAGCUUCGAGUGCCACAAAAACGUAGCUUCCGUCGUAGUCAAACUUCUGGCGGUCUGUUUGGUAUUUCUCAGCUAGCUUUGUAUGGUUCAGAAGCCCUCAUUCUCUGGUAUGGUGCUCAUCUCGUAAGCAAAGGUUUUUCGACUUUCUCCAAAGUUAUCAAGGUCUUUGUAGUCCUAGUCAUCACAGCCAACUCGGUUGCUGAAACUGUGAGCCUUGCUCCUGAGAUCAUAAGGGGUGGAGAGGCUGUGGGGUCCGUUUUCUCAAUCUUAGACCGAUGCACAAGGAUUGACCCAGACGAUUCAGAAGCAGAACCUGUUGAGUCCAUACGUGGAGAGAUUGAAUUCCGUCAUGUUCAUUUUGCAUACCCUACUCGCCCUGAUGUCCUUGUGUUUAAGGAUUUCAACCUUAGAAUUCGAGCUGGCCAAAGCCAAGCCCUAGUUGGAGCAAGUGGGUCUGGGAAGAGCUCAGUCAUUGCAUUGAUUGAGCGGUUCUAUGACCCAUGUGGAGGAAAAGUUAUGAUUGAUGGCAAGGACAUCCGAAGAUUGAACCUCAAAUCGCUUAGACUUAAGAUUGGUUUAGUACAACAAGAACCAGCCCUUUUUGCUGCUAGCAUCUUUGAUAAUAUCGUGUAUGGGAAAGAAGGAGCGACAGAAGCAGAGGUUAUUGAAGCUGCUCGAGCAGCUAACGUGCAUGGUUUUGUCAGUGCAUUACCCGAGGGCUACAAAACAACUGUUGGAGAACGAGGAGUUCAGCUUUCUGGAGGUCAGAAGCAGAGGAUUGCCAUCGCCAGGGCAGUACUCAAGGACCCUGCCAUCCUUCUUUUGGACGAGGCUACUAGUGCCCUAGACGCAGAGUCAGAGUGUGUGCUUCAAGAGGCUCUUGAGAGAUUAAUGAGAGGCCGAACCUCUGUGCUUGUUGCACAUCGUUUGUCCACAAUAAGAGGAGUUAGUAGUAUAGGAGUGGUCCAAGAUGGGCGCAUUGUAGAACAAGGUAGCCACUCCGAGUUGAUCAGUAGGCCCGAGGGGGCUUACUCUCGCCUUUCACAACUUCAACUCCAUCACGUGUGAGCAAGCAAGCACGGUCCAAUCAUAGCCGUAGGGGUGAUAUUGUGUAGCAUUCGAGUUGCUACGAUUAGUAAAAUUUGUGUUAUCUGCGACGUUAACAACCCGUCGGUUUUAGCUAAUUCUUUUUCAAUGAUGGUGGUGGGUGAUGGUGAUUGCUGUAGAUAUGGGCAUAGUAAGGCUAUUUCUAGGUUUUUCUUUCUAUUUUCUUGUUUAAUCCAAAAUUUGAUUUCUGUAUGGAAAAGAAAUCAUUGUAUUAUGAAUGGAGGGUUCUGAAAAAAAAAAGGACUGUUUGCAUGUGAGCUGAGUUUGGUUAGAGUUUUCUUGUAGGCUUUUUCACUUACUGGAAAAAGAUCUGCUGAAGACCUUUCCAGCAUAACUUAAAAAGCUCCCUUUUUUCUAUUUUUUAUGUUUGGUAACAUGAAAUGCAUAUUUUGGAGCUA